CAGGAAGGGAACGGCACAACUCCAGAUCAGUUUAAGUGUGAGACUUUAAGGUAUCUUCACCUCUAUUGAAGCCGAUGAGCAGGAACUAUGUUAGCAGCUAAGAAACCACGAUCCAACCAGGGUCUGGAGGGAUCAGUGACUUGUCCGAAUUGUAGACAGAUGUUUUUGACUUUUGUCUACUUUGAACUGAAGAAGGAUGGCAGGUUAGAUUUCCAAAUGGAAGUAUUUGAAGUUAACGAUGUGGAAUCAGCCCUUGUCAGUCAGAGCUUUACCUAUAAACAACAGGACGAUGUGGAACAAACGAGCACAGUGGAGUGUCCAUAUUGUGUAAAGAUGUUUGAGCUGAUCAUUCACUUUACUGAGACUAUUAAAGAGAGCCAAUUAAAUCUUAAACUGUCCAUCACAAGUGCGGUAUGUGUGCUGGGUGAAAAAAAGGAAAAGAAAGAAACACCAAGAGGACAAAAAGGCCCAUCAGAAAAAACAGGCUUAGGCUCACCUGUACUACACAGAGUGAAGGUUUUCUAUAUGUGCUCUGGUGAGACAUUUCGUGGUGAUAAUCAAGUGAAGGAACAAUUGAUGAUGGACAAACGGCGGACACUUCAUGUCCAGGAGACAAACCUGAAAGAUUCUGACAUUGUCAUUGUCUUCUGUCCAAUCACAACCCGCGUUGGAUCAGACGUGGAGUCAUCCAUGAGAGAUAAAACAGCGUCAUCAUUGAAGAAACCAAUCAUCUUGGUUCUGAUGCAUCACACCAGAGACUUUGAGUAUUCAACUGCAGGAACAACCUGGUCUGACGUUUAUCCAAAUGUUGUCCUUGAUGUUCAUGUUCUGUUCCAUGAGACUAAACCAGGACUAUUGAAAUGUAGACAAAAUGAGGAGGCUUUCGAGAUGAUUAAAAAAGAGCUAAAUAAACAUUCAAAACCAUUCUUUGGAAUGUUAACAUACCAUCAGACUCGUUGAGAAUGUUACGAAACAUUAAAUAUCCAGUGAGCAGCAGUUAUCUGGGGAGAAAUACUGAAUAAUCAGAAGGAGAAUGAAUAGACUGGUUCAAAAUUAUAGAAAUUCAGCAGUAGCUAAAAACCCACUUAUUAAAACCCAAAUAUGUCUAACAUACCGUUUCUGAACACAAUAUGUUUAAUCAUAAAGCAAAUGGAUUAUAUUGACAGAAGAGAAAACUCCUACCAGCCCAGAACAGGAAGCAUCAACAGAGCAUCGUUUAAACACCACAGCCUAACUAAGUAUGAUUCCUGACCAUGUCCAUCCCUUUAUGAUCACAGUUUACCCAUACUCUGAACGCUACUUCCAAAAGUGUAAUGACAUUACGUUACAAAUUUAAAAUAAUUGUAAUCUGACAACUGACACUUCAACAUGACAAGUUCACUCAGUUCCAAAGAUCUCAGUCCAGGUGCUUUGGGAUGUAGAGGAAUGAGAGGUCAUUGUUAUUGUAAGGCUGAAAUGAUUAAUCAAAUUAAUCAUAAUGGAUCAAAAGCUGUUCAUAACGCUUAAUGAAUUAAUUUAAUAACUGAUUAAUUGAAGUACGGAGUAUAGAUACCCUUAAAAACGUAAUAUGCUGAAAGAACAACACCCUCAGCUGUAGUUCAGCCAAAACUGUACAAAAAAUAUAAACAUUUACAUUUAAGAUAAAAAAACAACUUUAUCUGUAAACACAUUCCACCCAGAACUCCUCAAGUUGCAGCUUUAGCUUAAUUGGUUCCAAAUCUGUAAAGAAAACCUAUUAAGCACUUUUUGCUAUCCAGUUAUUAACCAUUUCAAUUGUUAUUUUAUUUCAAACAGGAAUUGAAUUGUUCAUUUGCAUCUUUUGAUAUAUUUCUAAUAUUGCAUAAAAAUACUUAAAUAAAUGAAAAAUCUGCAGAAUGUGCCCUUUUUUUUCCGAAUAGUCGAUUCAUAAUCAGAAUUAUCAAUAGAUUAAUCUACUACUAAAAUAGUCGCCCUACAUAAUUGGUUUGCAGCUAAUAAAUCUGCAUCACCUCUUGCUGCUAUCAUAUCAGUAUGGACUAUCAUAGUGACAGUUUUUAACACAUGUCUAAAUAAGUAAAUAAAUGUAGUGAACUAUCAGAACUUAAACAGUGUUUAGACAACUCUUGUUGAUGGACAGUGCUAAGAUGUUCAAUCAACCUAAUGAACUUUAGUUUCUGAGUUAGAACAAAAACAAUUUUGUUGUUUCCCUUGCAUUUCCAAGGCAGCAGGUGAAUUUUUGGUUUCUUUAACUCCUUCAAAUGUUUAACAGUUGCCGUGUGCUUGUUCUGUUUUUGCUGUAAAACGUUGGCACCUGUCAGUGUUCAAUGUUUCUUCAUCAUUAAAUGUUGUAUUUUCUGUUAUUAGCCUACACUAAACAGAACCUGUCACACAAAGGCAUCUCUUCUUUAUUUAUUCUGUAAAUUGUUUUCUACUUAUUGAUUAUUACAUUUUGUAAUUUAACAAAGAAGCUGCAGUAAAUCAGCUUUGAAUCAGCUACAGUGAACUCACCCCCAGCGUAGUCCCCUUCAUGGUUCAUCCAGAGCUGCACAGAGGCAUGAAUUAUUUUGCAAAGACAAUUGAAAGUCAUUAGAAACAUUACUCAUUUCCAGAAGUAUUUUCUUCUGUAAAAACAAACAUAAAAUCUGUUAAAAAUUUAUUAAAACUGCUCCUGAAACACAGUCAGUGUUUAAGAUGCCAGAAACAAGUUAAAAUAUGACAGCAUUAAGUUUAUUAGCUGUUUAGUUUGAGUUUAUCCAAACUAACGAGAAAACAUUUGAAAAGUCCUUUUUUUAUCCUGGACAAUAGCUGAGGGUGGAACCGGGGGGGGGAGGUUUCUUCAUGUUCCUCAACAAACAAAAUGAGCUAAACAGAGAAUAAUGGGUGGCAAAACAAUCUGUUAUUCAAAUUAUUCUCCACUCAGAGAUAUUUAGAACACAUAACAUACUCUGAGUUGUUAUGUGUCCUCUAUUUGCACCAUAUAGAGGAUAAAGUCCUCAACACAGAAGUCCUUGGUUCCAAUUACUGUAAGUCUUCUCCAUUGUUCACUUUACUUUUUCCUUUCAAGCUAUUAAUGAAUAAAUGUCAUAAAUGCCAUAAAAUCCUUAAAAAAAUCUUAACAGAUUAAAGAAGACCAUCAUUUUACUAAAUAAAAGCAGUCAGUUAAGCAGCACAUUCAUGUUUUCCUUUCUUGACACAAAAUAUUCCUGAAAUGUAUAACUAAAUAUUUUUGAAAAUAAAAAAAAUUGACACAA